ACAUUUUAGUUUUGGCUGUAAGCCUUAAUCGGGGAUAGGAUUUAGCAUUAGGAUGAAGUUUGGUUGCAUCACUCAGUCUCUAGUCAUGAACAGCAAGAAAGAGGUGGAGCUUGUGUAAUGCAGCAUCAGGGGGAGGAAUUGCUUAUGUAACUGGGACAGCAGUUUUAGCGGAAGGAGAGGAGGCACAGGCUGGGGAUGGGAGCAGUGAAUUGUCGGCAGGGGCAACACGCCCAGGGACCUACUUGUCAUAAGGGUGGCAACAUCCGGGGCCCUUUGAUCAGAGGCUGGAGAUGCCUCUGGUCAGGUAUAGGAACCACCAGAUCAGGUCUGGAAGAACUGUGGGUACUACAAAGGCAUCAGUGUCUGCAUCAGGAGUCCUUGAAGCCAUCCCCAUCACCCGAAGAGAAGCCUCUUCCAGAGUGGCCAGUGCCUCAGUUCAACCUCUUUCUGCCUGAGUUUCCCUUUAGGCCCCACAGGGGGCAGCAGCAGCUGAAGAUUUUAGGCCUUGUGGCUAAAGGCUCCUUUGGAACUGUCCUCAAGGUUCUAGAUUGUGGCCAGAAAACACUAUUUGCAGUGAAGGUGGUGCCCAAGAUAAAGGUCCUACAGAAGGACAUCCUGAGGCAGUGCAAAGAGGAGGUUAGCAUUCAGCGCCAGAUCAGUCAUCCUUUUGUACACAGUUUGGGGGACAGCUGGCAGGGGAAACAGCACCUCUUCAUUAUGUGCAGCUACUGCAGCACGGAUCUGUACUCCCUGUGGUCUGCUGUUGGCUGCUUUGCUGAGGCUUCCAUCCGCCUCUUUGCUGCUGAGCUGGUCCUGGUGCUGUGCUAUCUCCAUGAUUUGGGCAUCAUCCACCGAGAUGUGAAGAUGGAGAAUAUCCUUCUGGAUGAACGAGGCCAUCUGAAACUGACAGACUUUGGUCUGUCCCGCCAUCUGCCCCGGGGAACCCGAGCUUAUACUAUCUGUGGUACUCUUCAGUACAUGGCCCCAGAAGUUUUGAGUGGAGGGCCUUACAACCAUGCUGCUGAUUGGUGGUCCCUGGGUGUCUUGCUUUUCUCGCUGGCAACUGGAAAGUUUCCAGUAGCUGCAGAGAGAGACCAUGUGGCUAUGUUGGCAAGAGUGACCCGCUGUGACACUGUGAUCCCAGAUUCUCUUAACCAGGGGCUCUCCCUCCUGCUCCAUGAGCUCUUAAGCCAGAAUCCCUUCCACCGUCUGCGUUAUCUGCAUCAUUUCCAGCUUCACCCUUUCUUUCGGGGUGUGGCCUUUGACCCAGAGCUCCUACAGAAGCAGCCAGUGAACUUUGCCAUGGAGACACAAGCUACCCAACUCAGUCCAUUGGAGCCCAUGCUCUUCAAGGAUUUUGACUGUGAUUUUGAGUCCUGCCUGGGCUACCCGAGUCCUGCUUGAGACCCCUGUACUGUAUACUGGGGAACAUCUGGUAACCUGAAGAUCUUCUGCACUGCCAACUUGCUCUCACCACUUUGAUGUCAUUUUGAUGAACCAGUUUAUUUUCAGUCUGUAGCCUCAUAUAGUUCUUCUAGACAU